AAAUCCCUCCUUUAUAUCAGUUAAUUGGUUUCAAACCAGGCCAGACCGUGAUAAGUAAAUUUCCGCAAAGUAGGUUUUUUAAUGUUUUUGUAGUUCAAGCACAGAAAAUCUCUUUACAACCUUCUAAAUACUCUAUUUUAUAUAAUUAAAGCCCUCUACAAGUGAAAUAACACCCCUAUAGUCACGUUUACACUCCUAUCACCUAAUACACUAGGUCCCCAACUUACGAACACAAUUGGUUCCAGACGACCAUUCUUAUGUCGAAUUGUUCUUAAGUAGGGGAAAAGGUAAUAUUACCAAUGAUAUAGGUACUACAUGUACGUGUAUACAUAUACAGUAUAUGUGUAUGUAUGUAAAUAUGAGUUUGGAUGCAGUAGUAACAUUAAAUGAGGAUAAUUAAUGAAAAAAACAAUAAAAAUUAUGUAAUAAUACGUAAUGAUAAAUGUUAUUUACCUUUGAAGAGGAGUGGUCCAGCAUACAUCGUGGUGGAGUUGGAGGAGGAGUUAUUGAAAAAAGGACAAAUCGUCAUGGUCGUUAGAGUCUUCUAAAAGAGGUAGUGUUCUGUGGGUGGUGUAGAAUUAAGCAGGCCUAUUAACUCUUCAUAAACUUUAAUCACACGCUCUGUCUGGGUUGUACAAUUUAGCUUUCUAUUUAGCUUUGUCUCCCCAGCGUCUAACUCUAACUGUGUUGGUCCCAUUAGCUCUAACGCUGCCUCUGUUGGUCCCAUUAGCAGUGUCACAGUGCCCUCUACUGGUCAAGCAUGUACAGUAGCAGUAUAAAUACUGAUUGAGCGACUACAAGGCAAAAUAAAAUAAAAUAUAGACCAGUCGGCUUGUGUUAGUAUCUGCAAAUGUUCGCUAGUCGGGUGUUCGUAAGUUGGGGACUCAGUGUGUAGUGGACAUGAGAGAAAAUACGACAAAUGCUCGUGUUUGUUGAUGGUGCUAGGGGAUCUGAAAUGGCAGACAGGAAGUGACGUCGGAGGUUCAGAGUUGAGAUUUAGCUUGGCAUGGGUUUCGGUCACAACGGUAGCCCGUGAUGGGGAUUAUUGUGCCUGUUGUUACGGCAAUCAAGUCUGGUGCUUUUGUGUCUCAUCCAACAUUACAGUAACACUACUGACAUUGAAUGAACUGUGUAGAAUACUACAUAUCACAACAUCUUUGAAUGCAUCUUCUGAGUGCCUUCUAUGAACAUGGUGAAAUAAAAAUAUAAGGCUUUCAAAGACAUACAGUAUGUAGUAUUCUACGCUGGUCGCUUAUUUGUUUAGUGAGACAAGCACCAUACUUGACUGCAAGAACAACAGGCUUUUAUUGCAGGUUCGAAUGAUCACACAACAGGUACAAUAAUCCCUGAAGCCUAGGUCUCAACCGUAUUUUUUUGUCUGUGUGAUUUUUGGCAUUUCCCAAAUCUGUGUGUAUGGGGGGGUUGUCGUUCGUGGAGAAUGUAGUUGUUAACAUGAAGGAUUAAGAUCUUGACACACAUGCAGGACAAACAAAAUAUCUGAAGGUCCGUAGGCCACACUAAUUACGUAUGUGGGGUGUACGUGUGGCGCACGACACACAUAGGAGUCUGCAAGUGUUAUGUACAAAAAAAAUUUGCCCAAACUUGACACCAGCCAAACAUACAAAAAAACACACUGGCAAUACAGACAACGCACGCAGACGUAUGAACCGUGUCAGUUUGUCUUGCAACCUGAAAAAAAAUUGAAGCACCCAUAGAAUAUGUUUGAAAUGACAAAUAGUCUCUGCGGCCAGUCUACAGCUCGAAAAUCAGCACGUCACACGGACGCCCUUCGUGCAUUUCUUGCAUGUAGACUAGUGAUACUUCCGAUACCAGUUCUUCAUGCUCUAAAAUCAAUUCUCAAUUUAAAGUAUCCAUACUUCUGAUACUUCAGUCAUUUGAGGUGAUGUCUGUUGAAACGAUGACUGAUCGUAAAUAGAGCCACGUGUGAAUUGUGCAUCAAGUUUUACAUUUAUAGUACUAUAAUAAUAAUUACUCAUUGAUUUUAAUGCUUUUAUUAUUUUACUUAUUUUCUUUUUUUAUUGUUUAAAAUAGCAUCCUGUUUUUUCUGUUGCUGUAUAUUAGCUUGGGUAUAUUGUAAAUCACCCUGCUACCUCAAUAUAUGUUACAGUUUAAAUUAAAUAUAUAAAAAAUAUUAAGUCAUUUAUUUAAAUGAUUCAUUUAUUUAAAUGAUGUAUUUAUAUUUAAUUAAUAAUUAAUAGUCUUGUUUUAUUUAUGCUAUGAUAUGAAAUACACUACUUACACUACUAUAAAAUUUACCAGACACAUUCAGUGAAUUUACACAAAAUAUCGGUACCACCGAUACCACCCUGAAUUCUAUUCAGUAUCGGAUGGGAAACAAAAUCAGUGGUAUCACACAUAACUAACAUAGACCGGCUGUAGGAGCCUGUACGAUGGGUUGUGACUUAACACGGGCUUCUGUUAAAACCCAACUCUGAAUCCCUGACGUCACCUCCUGUCCGCUCCCUACUCAGCUCCCCUAGCACCAGAACACAUUUAUAGCAACACACACGAGCACGUCUUAUACACUGUCGUAUUUUCUCUGAUUAUGUCUACUUUAUUGGGUAAUACGAGUGUAAAGGUGAAGAUAGGGGUGUUAUUUCAUGUCCAGAGGGCUCUAAUAAUGUUAAAAAACCCUAUUUAAUAGGUUGUAAACAGGUUUUCUAUGCUCUAAUUACGAAAGUAUUCCAUUUGUAAAUGAGGAACCUUACUUCGUGGAAAUUCACUUCUCAUGGGUUGUCUGGAACCAGUUAACCACGAUAAAUGAGGGAUUACUGUACUGUAUACUGUGCACUGUGUUGUAUUUUGCUUCAUUUAGCCAUUUUUAUACUUGAAAAUGCUUCAAUUAGGCAAACAAUACUGUAUGUAAAAUUGACUUAAAUAUGCAUGUUUUUGACUAACAAUAGGCCGUUUUCAACCACAAAACAGCAUGAUUUAUGAAUGAAUAUAUUUUUGACAAACCAUGAUAGAGAGAAGCCGCAAAAUUCAAAGCGCGACGUGGUGAGAUACAGCACAUCCCUGCUCUUUGUCAGCGUUAUGUGAUGGGGCCAGCGAAUGGUGAAAAACCACAAGCAAUUGAUACGGCCCUUAAAAAUGUCUAUUUUUGACACACUGCUCGCUCCUCCUCCAAACCUUCCUGCCAGCUUGACGUUGACAUUCUCAUCAUUUGCAAUAAAAAUAAUGCUUGUCAUGAUUAGAUUCAGAUGCAGAACCCUCACCUUCUCUCUUCAAUUGCCAUUGUUCACUUGCGAUACAACUUAUGAAAGUAAAGUAUAAAAUGUACAGCGACUCACCACUAAUGAAUGAUAAUGCAAGAUGAUCCAUGAACACAUGGAAUCAUAGUUACAAGUUUGCGUCUCAAAGCAACAAUGGUGUGUUCAGGGAAAGUGCAGAGAUCCAGUGUGAAGCCCACACUAAGGUAAUGAUGUGGAGCUGUCCUUAGUGCUGAAGACAGCCUGCAUGCUCUCUCUCUUAUCUUUAUCUCUCUGUCGCUCCCUCCCCCUGUCUUAAUGAUCCUUUAGUCUCUUGUCCACGAGGCUGGCAGUUCUCUGUUGGCGUCUUCGCUCUUUGCUUGUGUGGAAGAGUUCCUCAGGGAAGCGCAAAGAAGAGUUUUCCUGAAUGUGUCUUCUCCUGGCCAACAUGUGGGUGUUCGCUAGUAUCUACCACAGCUUCCAUGUAGCCGGGACUGGAGAACCGCUGACAUAGCAACCCGGCUGCUAUGCUGGGACUUCCAGUAAGAGGCAAAGCUCCACUUGAAGAGUUCCUCACCAAAAUCCACACAGCCAUGGAGCCAAGCAGAAGUUCUACUCCUAUCUGAAAAGCGCCAGGUGAGCUUGGUGGGCCGAAGCCACAUUGUGCCCACCAGCCACCACCACCGACUAGUAAACGUCGCAUCCACAAGCAUCCUCAAACAUCCUCAAACAUGGCAGACAAAGUGCUCUACAGCGCGCCGAAGGUCAGCGGCCGAACCCCAGGGGCUCCUAUACUGCCCCCCGAACCCAUCGACAUCAUUCGCGUCAAGGCCCGCUCUCGGAGGGUCAGGCUCAAUGUUGGGGGUCUAACACAUGAAGUUCUAUGGCGAACACUGGACCGCCUACCCAGGACCCGUCUGGGACAGCUAAGAGACUGCAACACCCACGAGUCAUUGCUGGAAGUCUGCGAUGACUACAGCCUCUCUGAGAACGAGUACUUCUUUGACCGCCAUCCUGUGGCCUUCUCCUCCAUUCUCAACUUCUACAGAACGGGCAAGCUGCACAUGAUGGAGGAGAUGUGCGCCCUGUCUUUCGGACAGGAGCUGGACUAUUGGGGCAUCGAUGAGAUCUAUUUGGAGUCCUGUUGCCAGGCGCGAUAUCACCAGAAGAAAGAGCAGAUGAACGAGGAGCUGAGAAGGGAGGCAGAGACUCUGAGAGACAAGGACGGGGAGGAGGAGGACCUCGGCUGCUGUCCCGACCAGAGACAGAAACUCUGGGAUCUUCUGGAGAAGCCCAGCUCAUCUGUGGCAGCAAAGGUCCUGGCUAUGAUCUCCAUCCUCUUCAUCAUCAUUUCCACAAUUUCGCUGUCACUCAACACGUUGCCAGAGCUGCAGGUUGUGGAUGAAUUUGGCCAAUUCAAUGACAACCCAAACCUGGCCCACGUGGAAGCGGUGUGCAUCGCCUGGUUCACCAUGGAGUAUCUGCUGCGCCUGCUCUCAGCACCCAAUAAGUGGAAUUUCAUCAAAGCGCCGCUGAACAUCAUUGAUUUGCUGGCGAUUCUGCCUUACUAUGUGACUCUCUGCCUCACCGAGUCCAACAAGAACGUCAUGCAGUUCCAGAAUGUGCGUCGUGUGGUCCAGAUAUUUCGAAUAAUGAGGAUCCUCAGGAUACUGAAGUUGGCCAGGCACUCCACUGGACUCCAGUCUUUGGGCUUCACUUUGCGCAGGAGCUACAAUGAAUUGGGUCUCUUGAUUCUCUUCUUGGCCAUGGGCAUCAUGAUCUUUUCUAGCUUGGUGUUCUUUGCUGAGAAAGAUGAAGACUCCACCAAAUUCACCAGCAUCCCUGCCUCUUUCUGGUGGGCGACCAUCACUAUGACCACCGUUGGUUAUGGAGACAUCUACCCACAAACCCUCCUGGGGAAGAUUGUUGGAGGGCUCUGCUGCAUCGCCGGCGUGCUGGUCAUCGCCCUUCCCAUCCCGAUCAUUGUCAAUAACUUCUCUGAGUUUUAUCGGGAGCAAAAGAGGCAAGAGAAGGCCAUCAAGAGGAGGGAAGCUCUUGAAAGAGCCAAACGAAGUGGAAGUAUCGUCUCUAUCAAUCCCAAAGAAGCUUUUGCACGUAACAUGGAGCUCACAGAUGUGCUGGUUGAAAAGAAGGAGGACAGUAAGUGUCCUGUGGACAACCACCUAUCACCUAGCCGCUGGAGCUACCACAAACAGUAUUCCAACACAGAGGUAGGCAGUCCCACUCAGUCCAAACAUUACCAGGAGGUGGCUCAAGUGGGCUCACAUGAAUGCAUCAAACCCUUGGCCAACAAAAGCAGCCCUCAAUGCCUGAAUGUUAAGAUCCUAGACGACAAGGUAGCAAAGCACGACAAACUUAUAGAGGAGAUGGAGAUGAGUGUGCUGAACCCCACCCAAAACCAAGAAACUUCAGGUGCAGGAGCAAGGACAUUCUCCAACAUGGCUGAGGGUGGAGAAAGCAGACAAGGAAGUUCUGUCCUUCCCGGUGUUGGAGGGGGUAGUAGUAGCAGUAGUGCUAGACAACUGCGUGUACCCCCUCCCUUGGAUCUGAGCCAGAUUAGUGCAAUAAGCGCUGACAAUACCCAGCCACUAACAACUGUCAAAGAGGGUCCGCAAAACUUAGUGUCCACUGCCUGCAGCUCCUCCACAGAUUCUAGCAGCAUGCAGAAGACAAGGGCCCAAAAGGCUGACCUGAUUGGAGUACAAGAGCAUGUGCUUAUGACAGUCAUGACACCUGCGGCAGCCCCCGCCUCCGCUGGCUCAGCCAGGCUUGCUCAGCUCUUGUCAGACGACACGGCGUCCAGCAGAUUUGCUCCCAGCUCGGCAGCGCAGGAAGUUAACUCUCCGUUGGCUCUCCUACAAGCUGCGUCUCUGACGGAGCAAUCUGUUAGUCCAAGCAACUCGAAGGGGGAAGGUGAGAGAUUAGAAGGUGAAGGGCAGCUCACGGGCUUAAGCCAUCGGGGGAGCAAUCACAUGGAGCGUUUAGGUAGCAGCAGCAGCCCUCUGCUGAAGACUGGCAUGCUCAACUGCUCACAGGAGCUAGUAACUGUUGAGGCAGGGGGUAGGGAGGCAGCACCCCAGGGUAGGGAAAGGCAAGAAAACCACAUUCUUGACCAAAGUCUGACACCACCCAAUGAAACUAGCAUGUGAGGCCAAAUCCUUCACAGAAGUGGAACUGAAUGGACUGAUGCCAUAUCCUUUCAGUACUCUCAGACCCUCAAGAAUGCUGUCCAGAAACCGACUACCGCCUCAUUUGGAUGUAUUUUUGCAUACAAGGGUAGUAAAGCUGUGUGGUGUCCAGACACGAUCUAAAUCUCACAUUGUCAGAUGGUACUACAGUGUAUUUACUAGGGGUGUAACAAUAUAUGGAUUUGGAAACAGAUUUUCUGAACAUUCAGUUUGGUACAGAGGCGUAUCGAUUUCCCACGGUACACAUUAAGUGAAGGACAGGAAGUGUUUAUGGCAUCUACUCUGAAAACAGCCACAGUGCAGUCCAGCCUUUGGCUAGCAGGAGUCAUGGCUAGCUAUAGUGCCAAGGAGAAGCCAGAGUUCCGUGGUUAAAGUCUCCUGUUUGGGGACACUUGGCCUUCCCAGUGAAAUACGUAAACAGACAAGUGGAUAAGAUGCUGGAACUAUUCCUAGUUCCUAAUGAAUGAUAAUGUAAAAUUAUCCAUGAUUGUCAAAGCUAUUGCUUCAAUAGCCAACAAACUUUUGCGUCCCAGCACACGACUAUGGUGCGUUCAAGAACCGUGCGUCUCAAUGCUUGGGGAAAAAGACAUGAUCAGUGAGGCAUAAAUACAACAUGUAAAAAUGGUGAGCUUUCUAAACAUGUAUGAUGCACAUUUUACCUUUAUUAUCACAUAUUUAUAAAUUAUUACCUACUGGUGAAUGAAAUGCUUUCGGAGGAAAAAACAUGUUAGGUUAAUUGGUGACUCUAAAUAGUCCAUAGGUAUGAAUGUGAGUGUGAAUGCUUGUUUCUAUAUGUUCCCUGCGAUUGGCUGGCAACCAGUCCAGGGUGUACCCCACCUCUCGGCCAAAAUCAGCUGGGAUAGGCUCCAGCAUACCCCCGCGACUCUAAUGAGGAUAAGCGGCAUAGAAAAUAGAUGGAUGGAUGUUUCCACAAAAGCUAACUAAUUUUACUUUUUGCAUUCCCUUACUGAAUCCAGAAUAUACGCUGACCGAAGCGUAACGUUACACCCUUACAAGUAUAUAUUUAUUCGACAUCAACGUCAAACAUGGACGAGUACUUCAUCAUUUUUGGUACACAUGAGAGCACAAACAAAGCCUUGAGUGAAUGGAAAGAUUGAUGAUGAAGUGAAAUAUUAUAUAAUAUAAUAGGCAAAAUAUACUUUUUAAAAAAAUAUGUCAACACAAUCUAGUCAUGACAUGAACAUCCUCUGCACUACGGCCCAUGUGUCCCUCAUUUCAAGUACUGUGCAAAGUACUUGACAUGCAGCCCAAACCAAAGCAAUAUUUUCUAUGUUGUACAUUUACUUUUUUACGCUUGUAUCUCAUUUAUUUUAGCCCUUUUUACUUGAUAAUGCCUGAAACAAAAGUAUAACAAUAAUAACAAUAAUAAAGCGAAUGCUAAUUAGGGGACAGGUUAUUGGCGCUUUGGUCUCUAUGAGAUUUAUGUACAUUUGCUAUUAUUGUCAUGGCUGAAUGCACAAAAAUAGGAGCGUGGGCCAAGAAACACAAGAUGUUGUAUGCAUAUAUUCAAACAAUAUUAUCAUUUUAUUGUCACUCACGUUGAAAUACUGAUGGCAUAGGCCUGAGAGCUGCCAUAUUGAUCAAUCAAAAGAUUUGAUAAACAAGCUAAAAGCAUCCCAUGUAGACGUGCUGACAAGUUUCACGAAAAAACAUCUUUGUGUAAUACCCGACAAAGCCUGUUAUUAUUAGUACAGUUAGCGUACGCCCAGUUACCGUGUUUUUCGGUUAUUGUCAAAAAUUUGUGAAAUUGCGUACAAUAUGGCGCGUGUCUUGUGCUUUAUUAACACACUCUGUGAGUCCAACUGUGAUCUUAAUGUAUUUUUAUCACAAAACAUUUUUGCUCUUGCAUCCCAUUAGCUUGCUAAUACAAGGAAGCAGGAUGCGUAAGUCAUCUCCGUCGCCCGUCUCCAGCGCCAACCGUUGAUGACAUCAUAGACGGGCGACAGAGCUGACUUCCACUUCCUGUUUCCAUGUAUUAGCAAGCUGCUAACAAGGUCGUUUUGGGAUAAAAAUACACUAACAACACAGUAGAACUCAUGCAGUGUAUUAACACCACGACAAGACGCGCCAUAUUAUACGCUACCCGGAAAAUGUACACAAACCUAGGCAAAAUAUUUGAUGUCGCUUCCCAGGGCGUACGCUAACCAGUGUAUUAGUAGUAUGAAACUUUUUGCCUUUUCUUUUUCUCAUCUUUUGCUGUUGUUUUCUUGUUGAAUUAUAUUUUUUGGAAUAGGCCGAGGGCCAAAAAAAAAAACAAGCUGCACUUUGGACACCCCUGGCAUAGGCUAUCCAAGGUGCUAUCCAAGACUAGA